CGACGCCAGUGGAGCUAUUCAGGCUCGUGUAAAGAAAUGCAGCUGGAAUGAAAAGUUCAUUUUUGACUGGCUGCUGUAAAACAUAGUGCCCCAGUGCAGCGUUGACUUCUGUAACCCUAAUUAUGGGAUGCGCCGCAAGCUCCAAGAUAACUUUUGUUGAACCUGUCAAACCUUCAAACGAAAAUGAGCACAACUCCCUGGAGGUGCAGCGGUCAGGAGGGGGUGACCGGGGGGACUCGGCCGUGUCGAAGCACACCACGGACAGCGGACUGGGUCUGGAGGCUACCGAGGGCGUCAUCUUACCUGGGGCAGUGCCUAGACAGCUACCACCGCUGAGAGCCAGCAGCUUGGACCAGGCACAGGACAACAUACCCACACCCAGACAAGAGUCCAGUGAGAUUCUGAAGCAGCUGCUGUGUCAGGGCAUCAUUCCAGCCCAGGCCCGUGCAGCCAGCAGCGAAGAGGCUUACAGCAUCACGAUGGAGGACCCAGAGAAGCCCAUGAGGAGGCCCCCGCCCCGGCUGGAGAAGCUGAUGGGGAGGAAGGAGUCAGGGACGACCACGAAGGAGGACAUCGAAGAGAGGAUGAAUCAGGUAGAGGAGCGACGACAGGUCCAAGAGGAUGAGUUGAAGGUGCGGCUCAGGACUAAAUCAGCUCGUCCCCGUCAGGCUGCUUCUCAGGCGGAGGCCGAGGGCCAGACUGUGGUGGAGGAGCUUCAGUUAGAUGUCACCGAGGCCCCGCACAGUCCACCCAAGACCCCAGACCACCAGAACCACAUUGGCCCGCUCCAGGGCAGGUUAGAGGGUGGGAGAGAGGGGGAUGAAGAGAGAGGGAGCGAUGGGGUGACCGUGGCAAAUAAAGAUGGUGGAAGGAGAGAAGCCCCUUUGACAGAUUCUCUGAACAUGGAAAGUGACUCCACUUUUCAGCAAAUUGAAGACAUAGAGGAGAUAUUUUAACUGAAAAUCAAAAGCUGGGUUUGUUAUGUAGAUAAAUAAAUUGGGGAUAGUAGCAUUACCUUUUCUCGGCUAGUGAAAACAAUAUCAAUGACUAUGGAAUGUAUAGAUUUGAACUAUAUUUAAAAGCAAAUAUUAUACAGGUGUGAAGACAUGGUUGGAUAAGUAGAGAGAUUUUCUGAAUCCCUCUUUGGACUGCAGAUUUGCACAUACAAUGUGUUUGUGGAGGGGAAGAGAGAAAAGCUUUAUUUGUUGAUUUGUAUGGUUGCAGUUUAUGUUUUUUUUUUUUUUUUUU